UGGAAUAGUUGGUUGAGUACUGURMAAAACCUCAUGUGGUCUCUUCUUGGUAUUGAAAAACUGAGUCAACUUCAAUCAAACGACCUGCCAUCCGAUGUUCUUGCUAAAGUACUGUAUGGUUUGUUCUUAUCAAUGGCUGUGGUGAUGAUGAUGAAUAUGAUGAUAGCUCUKCUGUCCAACACAUACCAACAGGUUGAGGAUAAUGCGUUUUAUGAAUGGUCGUACAGGAAAGCAACAACAAUAAGGACCUAUGUUAACUACCAUCCUGUCCCUGUACCGUUCAAUAUCAUCUCUCUCACUUGGAUGUUCAUAAGACAUAUUUACCACAGACUCUGCAGUAAAAAAUCCUCCAAGAUGAGAAAUUCUAAGACUUACUCAAAGUUUUUUGACUGCCUUGUUCACGACCUUGAAGCUGACUAUCUUGCUGCAUAUGGUUAUAAAUUUCCAUUGACAGGUACGACGAGAAGGAAGAAAUAGGCUUCCCAGKUUUCUAUUAUAGAAGUCU